GCAUGCGCCGUGCUCUGGGAAGGAGGGGACUAGCAGCGAUAGCAUUUCUAACCGGGCUGUCAGUAUCACUAACGCUAGAGCUCAGCAUUAUGGAGGAAAAAGCGUAGGAUUAAAAAAAGAAAAAGGGAAAUAAUUCUCUAGGGCAAGUGGGAGGCCGAGCGCAAGGGGUAAAAGUGUGAGAAGCGCCAGUGGGCUGUUUAUUUGCUGCCAGUAGCAGCCAUGGGGAACGAAGGUAGUAUAGAAGGAGGGGAGGGGAUCGCUGGAUUAGCAGAGGGGAUGGCAGCGGAUGGCAGAGGGGGUUUGGGCCAGAUCCCCGCAGGAAUGGAGUCUCAGUGGGGGCAGCUGAGCGAAGAAGAGAGAAAACAGAUCGCCGCUGUGAUGUCAAGGGCGCAGGAUCUGGGAAAAGGGAGCGACGCGGAUCGUCCAUUACCAAGAAGUCCUAACAUUGAUAAGAACCAGUCUCCAAGACAUCCAAGCAAACCUCCAGAUCCAGGACCUACCGGCCUUCCUAAGAGCAGAACAGUAGAUGCAUUCAAAACAGAGGUGAAAGCACCAGGCAGAAGUCCUUCAACUAUCAGCUUAAAAGAACCCAGGUCAAAAGCAGAUAUUAAAGAGGAACAAAAGCCAAGUAUGAUGAGUAGUUUUCUUACAGACAGUAACCCAUUAAAUGUAGUCUCUUCUGUUGUAAACAAAUUCAGUCCCUUUGAUCUAAAGUCUGAUCUUGGAGCAAAUCAGGAGGAAACCAGUGGGAAACAAAAAUCUGAACAGGAAAAGACAAAGGAUGGCAAAGGAAAUGCAAUGCCUUUACAACAGCAGCAACAUCCACCAAAAGCUGUACAACAUAAAGGGCAAACUAUGUCUACCACAGUACCAUCAGUCACUGAGCAACAACAGUCAAGUAAGCCUGCACAGACGCAGUCCAAGCCAAUUUCUUCUCAGCAGAGUCCAUCAAGGAAAACAGCACAGCCUUCAGAUGCAACCAAACCACCCACACAAUCUGCCAUAUCAAGAACCCCAUUGCCUCAUCCAUCAAAUCCCAUAAAACCUGCAGCUGUAGAGCAAGGACAUUCUACCUCAUUGUCCCAAGUUCCAGAAGCUAAUACCAUUCAAGACAGGCCUGCCAAACCGUUAUCACAACCUGUUACACAUAAACAGCUUGGACAAAAAUCAGCACCGUUAAAGCAAACAACAUAUUCACAACAGGGGUUAAGUACAUCACAACAACCAUCUGAGACUGUUAAAAAAUCUGUGCAGGAACCUAACAAGCAACCCACAACACCCCAAGGUAAUGCCAAAACGAAUGUGGAACAAACUAUAAAGCCACCACCCCAACAGCAAAGUCUACCCAUGAAGCAACCUUCAGAAAGGCCAGGACCACAAAGGCAACAAGGUCCAGCAGUGCAGCCAAUUAAACAACACUUUCAGGCUACACCUACAACAAAUGUAAAACAAACAGGACAGAAAAUGGAGCCAGCAAAGCCAACUUUAAGCAAGGAACUAACACAACAGCACCCACAUCAAUUAACUGAUACAAAAAUAGAGUCUAAAAAACAAAAUGGGGCUACACCAAACUUACCUAUACCCAAGACUAUAUGUCCUCUUUGUAAGUCCACUGAACUUUUGCUGGGCACAAAAGAAAAUGUCAAUUAUAAUACCUGCACUCAAUGUCAAACUACUGUAUGCAGCUUGUGUGGCUUUAAUCCCAAUCCACAUAUAACUGAGGUAAAAGAGUGGCUUUGUUUAAACUGUCAGAUGCAGCGAGCGCUUGACAUGGAUGCAACUCCAGUUCCAUCACCACCAAUAAAACAAAAGCCUAUACCUCCAUCACCACAAAAAAAAUCAGUAUCUGAGCCAACUGCCUUGCAAAAAAAGGAAGUUGUGCCUGUGCCAAAUGAGACUGUGACACCGUCAACUAAAAAGCCACCAUUAAUAACCAAACAACUUUCUGUUACAGAUUCACCAACUUUACCCUUAAAGAAGCCACCAGAUGAACCUCUAAAAGGAAAAGUUAUUUCAAAAACAAUGCCAGACAAAGCAGGGUCUUUAGUAAAUCAAAAGAAACAGCAGGUAGAAUCAAAGGAGCCAGACCUUGCUAAAACAUCUCUUAAGGAAAAGUCAGAUUAUUUGUCAACAAAAGCCCCUAUAUCAACAGAGCAUAAAGAUGUGGAUACUAAAAUAGUUGAUAAAGCGAAGCAAGUUAUGGAUGUACACAAUACUGCAGAAAAAAAUAAAAAAAAUGAUAACUUACCAUUAUCUCAUUCAGUUCAAGAAGAUAAACCACAGAUUGUUCCCCCUUCACAAUCUAAACCAAUGCAAAAAUCAGAAGCUUCUAAAUCACAAGAAGCUUCUAAAAAAAGUCCAGCCAAGGUAAAUCCUAAACUUGAUGGGAAGCAAGUUCAGAAGGAGCCAGUAGUCGAGGUAAGCCCCAAACCAAGCCCAACACACAAACCUGUAGUUCCGCAAACAAAGACACAACCUACGACACAACCACAGAAAUCUCAAGAUCAACAAAGGCGUUUUAGUCUUAAUCUGGGAAGUGUAACAGAAACCCCUAAACCACAGCCGACAACACCACAAGAUACUGUUACAGGGAAACUCUUUGGAUUUGGGGCAUCUAUUUUUAGCCAGGCUUCUACUUUUAUAUCUACAGCAGCACAACCAGGUACUCAUCCACAACCCAGUCAGCCCAGUCAAUCCAGUCAAGCAUCAACUUCUAAAGCAUCUCCAUCCCAACAAGCACCCAAUGUUCAUAAAGCAAGCAAAGAAAGUGUGCCUGUGCCACAAUCACCAAAAAUUACAACAGUCACAAAAGAAACAAAACCAGUGUCAACUGAAAAACCACGAGAAUCAAGCACCACAUUGUUAACAAAAGAGAAAGAACAGAAACCGGUUCCAGAAAAACAAUCUGAUGCUAAAAUUCCUGAUGUUACAACAAGAAAAGAAGUUGCACUAGAAAAAACUGAAAAAAUAGCUGGUUCAAAAACAUUAUGCCCCAUUUGUCAGACAGAAUUAAAUGUUGGCUCUAAAGAUCCACCCAACUUUAAUGCCUGUACAGAAUGCAAGAAAACUGUGUGCAAUUUUUGUGGAUUUAACCCAAUGCCGCAUAUAACAGAGGUGAAAGAAUGGUUGUGCUUAAACUGUCAAACACAGCGAGCAAUGGCAGGACAACUUGGGAAUAUGAACAAGUUUCAACCUUCAUUAGAGACACCACAGUCCUCACCAAAACAUAUUUUAGCAAAUACUCAAGCACCUAAAUCUGCAACAUUGCCCUUUACACCAACUGAUAAAAGGGACGAUCAAACAAUUAAAAAAGAUAUUGCUAAAGAUUCAGACACAAAACCAUGUCAGUCCUCAACUGAACUCACUGAGCAAUUAAAAACCAGAGAAGACAAGUUGCCAGUUGCUAAAGAUGUUCCAAAACCUGUGAUUGCAGCAGCUACUGGACUAUCCACUGGAAAAAGUGAGCACGAUGACAGAGAUGUGACCACAGUGAUAACAAAUAAAGAAAUUCAACAGAGUUUGGCUUCAGAAAGAAAAACUUAUAAAGAGAAAAUAACUGAAACCAGUCAAGUUACUGAUCAUGAAACUGAAAAAGAAAAGACUGAUAAGGAAGAUGACAAAUUGGAUAUAUCAAGCUGUCAACAACAAAAAAGUCCACAAGGUCUAAGUGACACAGGAUAUUCAUCUGAUGGCAUAUCAAGCUCACUUGGAGAAUUCCCAAGUCUUAUACCAAGCAAUGAAAAAGAGCUACCUAAGGAACCUUUAAAGAAAGAAUCUCUUUCACAUGAAAAUAGUCCUUCAAGCCCAUCUGAUUUAGCCAAGUUGGAAAGUACAGUUCUUUCAAUACUAGAGGCUCAAACAAAUGUGCUUAGAAAUGAAAACUUAAGAAAAAACAAUGAUUUUUAUGGAAUUUAUCCUGGGCAAACACAGGACAGAGCUAAAACAAAAAUUUUACCAAUAACACCAGAAUCCUAUAGCUCAGAAGAAGAGGAUCUUGAAGAUAUCCAAGAAGAAGAAGAUGAAGAGAUAAUGGAAGGAAAUUGUAAAGGUGGAAUAUCUUCACAGAAAAGUCCUAAAGAUAGUGUAAUUACACAUAGACGGCAUGAUUCAUUAGAUGAUAGCAGUGAAAGUGAAAAUUCACCAGUUCCACGCAGAAGACGAAGAGCUAGCAAUGAGUCAUCAAGCAGUGAUGAAUACAAACAAGAAGACAGCCAAGGAUCUGGGGAUGAUGAAGAUUUUAUCCGUAAACAAAUCAUUGAAAUGAGUGCUGAUGAGGAUGCAUCUGGAUCUGAAGAUGAGGAAUUUAUAAAAACAAAAUUAAAGGAAAUUAGUGUAAACGAGAGUCAAAAAAAGGAUGCUAAAGUAAAACCAACAAAUGCAAAAUGUAAGAAAUUAACCAAAAAAAGUAGCACAAGCUACGAUGAUGAUGGAAUUAGGCGUCAUUCAUGGCAUGAUGAUGAUGAAGAGGAUGAAGAAACCUAUGAUGAAAGUCCCGAGCAAAAACAUAGGGAAACCAAAAGUCAAGAAAGUGAAGAACUUGCAGUAAGUGGAGGAGGGGGACUCAGGAGGUUUAAAACCAUAGAAUUAAAUAGCACAAUAUCGAAUACAUACUCUGCAGAAUCAAAUAAACUCUCUUCAAGACUAUAUUAUGAUGAUGAGCCAGAAUUAGAAAUGGAGAGUUUAACUGAUUCUCCAGAGGAUCGUUCAAGGGAAGAAAGAUCUUCUAGCCUCCAUGCUUCUAGCUUUACACCAGGGACAUCCCCUACAUCAGUGUCCUCACUAGAUGAAGAUAGUGAUAGCAGCCCCAGCCACAAAAAGAUGUCAGGAGAAAGCAAACAGCAGCGAAAAGCUAGACAUCGAUCCCAUGGACCAGUUUUGCCCACUAUAGAAGACUCUUCAGAAGAGGAAGAGUUAAGAGAAGAAGAGGAACUUUUAAAAGAGCAAGAGAAACAAAGAGAGUUAGAGCAACAACAAAGAAAAUGUUCUAGCAAAAAAUCAAAAAAAGACAAAGAUGAAUUAAGAGCCCAGCGAAGAAGGGAAAGACCUAAGACACCUCCAAGUAAUCUGUCACCAAUUGAAGAUGCCUCUCCAACAGAAGAGUUACGCCAAGCAGCUGAAAUGGAAGAACUUCACAGAUCCUCAUGUUCUGAAUAUUCUCCCAGUAUUGAAUCAGAACCAGAGGGCUUUGAAAUAAGCCCUGAGAAAAUAAUAGAGGUUCAAAAAGGAUACAAAUUACCCACCUCUGUUUCCUUGUUUUCACCUACAGAUGUUUCUACAUUUGAUAUGCCAGAAGAUAGAAACUGUCAUGAGAGUCUAAAAACUGCUGAAGAAGCAUAUGAAGAGAUAAUAUGCAAAGCAAAGCUGUAUCAGAAUGACAAGGAAAAAGAUGAUGCCUUUGAGAAAGAACCUUUAUAUGGAGGGAUGUUAAUUGAAGAUUAUAUUUAUGAAUCUUUGGUAGAAGAAAAUUAUAAUGAAAGGUUAGAUGCCUCUGCAAAAGCUGGUCAAGAAAAUGUUUUUGAACACAGAUUACAGUUGCAGUCUCACUCUAAAGAGGAUAUUGGAAUAGAUUCCAUUCCCAAAAUUACCAAUUUAAAUAAUGAGUGCUUUACAGCAGAAUCUUUUCAUUCAGUUUUGCCUCAAGAAGAUAUUGUUUCUAGUUCCUACAUUGUUCCAGAAAGCCACGAGAUAGUAAAUUUGGAUAAUGCAGAAGAAAGACAACCCCCAGCUGACAAUGCUGGGUUUUUUGAGUACAUUAAUUGUCAAAAUAUGCAGCUAACUCCAGGAUCAAGCCCAACUCAAUCUAAACCUGAAUUUAGAUUGAAAUCUGGUUCUGCACCUCUUAGUUCUGAGGAUAUAUGUAAAACAAAAUACAUUUCUUCUAUACCUUCCUCACAAUCGUCCUCUAUACAAAAUAACACAAUUUCUAUUCCAGAUGUUAAAAUUACUCAGCAUUUUACAGUAGAAGAGAGAGAUGAUGAUGAUUUCUCUGUUUUUAUCUGUGAACAAAAAGCAUCAGAGCCUCAUGUUUCUGAAAGUAUUGAGAUGUUUGUCAAAGAUACAUGUGAAGUCAAUUCAGAUAUUGUUGUAGACAAAAUCACAACAUUGGUGUUUAAAAAUGGUGACCAACAAUCUUGUACAAAACAGGAUUCUAAUCAUGGUAUAUACUCAGAUUCUAGCUUUGUAGUUGAUGCAAUGCAGAGAGACAUUUUAAACACAUAUCAAAAUGAAUCUUCCGUUUCCUCUGCUACAUCUGCUAUAAUGUAUUCUAAUACUAGCCACAUAGAUUCUAAUUCUGUUAUUGUGCCGAUAGAAAGACCUUGUCUUAUCACUGAAAAAGCCAUGGAUCAUGUUGUCAUUUCAGUGCCAGACAAUACUCAUAGCACAGAACUUGAAAAUGUACGCAGUGACCUAAAUAAAACAGGAAUGUUUCAAAGCACUGAGGAAACCACAGACUUUGUAAAGACUCAUGCCAACAUUAAGGGAAAUGAACUUAGUAGCUCAGCAAGUCAUUCUUACCCUUUAAGCAGUUGUGGCUUUAUUUCCUCAACUGAAAAAUCUCCUAUAACAACUCCGCAAUCUAUGAUCACAUCAGCAGAUACUAUUACUUCUUCGCCCAAAGCGACCUCUGUAAUAUCUUCAAUUCCAACUGUUACCACUAAAGUGAAAUCAUUCUUUAAAAGCACCUCUCUGGAUUCACCUGCCCCUUUGACUAAACCAGCACCCCCUCCACCACCACCUCCACCCACUCCACCUAAACCAGAUAUAUAUUCUAAGAAAAAGUCUGCACCACAAUUGCCAUUAACAACUAAAACUACUGAAAUAAGGCCUAGUGGAGAAUUUGUAAUACAUAGUUCAACCCUUCCAAUUAAACCUCAUGCUCCACCUGUUCCUCCCAAACCAUCUGUAAUUCCAUCAGGAUUGGUCUUUAGUCACAAGCCAAUGGAUAUCUCAAAGACUCAGAUAAUGGCAAAAACACAUAUUUCUGACCAUCCAGUAAACCUCCGAAAAUUAACCGAAACACAACAAAAAACAAAAGCACAAUCUAUCUCCUCCAAAAUGACUUUGAAUUUGACCACUUCUACAGAAUUCAGACCACAAUCACCUACUUCUCCCUUGUCACCUCAUUCUUUUAGAUCAUCACCAAGGCUAACUAAACCAUCACUAGAGACUUAUGUUGUAAUCACAUUACCAUCUGAGCCAGGAACUCCAACAGAUAGUGCCACAGCUCAGACAACUACAUGUUGGCCUCUUCAAUCUCCACAAAAAGAAGGCAUUCCACAAACAGUAGAUACUGUUUUCACUGCAAGCCCUCUAAAUGUAUUUGAAAAAGGAUAUCCAUCUUUAGAAUCUCAUACUAUGUUGUUAACACACUUGAGAGCAGCAGAAGCUACAAAAACUGUUUUCUCUAUACCUAAGACAACAAUGUCAGAUUCUGAAGCAAGUAACAUUUUAAGUGCCUUUCCUAAAGAAAGGAGUGCUCUAAGCAACAUCCAGAUAAAAGAAACGGCAAAAAUAGCAGAACCUAUUAACAUAGUAGAUCUCCGAACUUUGAGCAAGAUUGAUUACACAUGUUCAGAGUUGGGAACAGAUAUCUGCAUGGACUUGUCUGCAACUCCAGUUGAUGUAAAACGUCAUUCUUCCUGUGGAAUUUCGAGUCGACAAAUUAGCGCAAUACAGCCUGCUAUAGUAAAUCUUAGCACUGCAUCACCCAUAAUUUCCUCAGUCUCACUAGUAACAGAAUCAGUCACUGUUGUGACAUGUUCAACAACAGUGAGUUAUACAACAAGUUUAGAAAGUCUGGUUGAUUUAGGAAAUUCUAUGAAAGCCCCUUUAAAACUUACAACAUCUAAGGAUAUUGAAGAUAGAAGCUUUAUGUUCCCCACAGAAGAAGAGGUGCCAAUUAACCUAUCACUUGGUGGUACACCAGCACAUUCAGUGACAUAUGCAACAUCAAAGUCCAUUUCUUUUUCUCCUGGUGGUAUAACCAAUGGAAGCAAUGAUAUAUCUACUUCUCAAGAAUCAGUAGACAGUGGUGUUGUGGAUCUAAGUACCACUAAAACACACAGAACAAUGGUAACUAUGGAUGAAAUAACAUCAGCAAUUGUUACUGAAACUGUAGAAGAUAAGCCUGUUGAUUUAACUGCUGGCAGAAGAGCAGUAUGUUGUGAUGUUGUGUACAGACUACCUUUUGGAAAGAGCUGCAUUUCAGAUCAGCCUUCAACAUGUUUACCUGAAGAUCGAUUUGGUUACAGAGAUGACCAUUAUCAAUAUGAUCGCUCAGGCUAUUCAUCUGUUAGAGCAGGGGGAGGUAUGAAAUCUUCAAUGUCUGAUACUAACUUGGCUGAAGCAGGAGUUUUCUUGUAUAAAAGCAAAAAUAGUUUUGAUUAUCCUAUUGGACUAACUGAAGUUGCUGUAGACCUUACAUCUGGAAAAAUUACUACAGGUGAGGCUUUGGAUUACCAAACCAAGACAACAGGUGUUUAUCCAGAGACACGCCAAGUAAUUUCUGGGAUUGGAAUAAGUGCACCCCAGUAUUCACAAGCUAGAAUGACUAAUUCUGUAGUAUCACCAUUUGGUACAGGAAGUGUUUUAAGAUCAUCAAAUGGUGUUGUGUAUUCAUCUGUUGCAACCCCUAUUCCUUCUACCUUUGCGAUCACUACUCAACCUGGUUCAAUUUUCAGUACAACUGUAAGAGAUUUAUCAAGUUUUGUUACUAGUGACACUGUAACUUCAAUAACAACCCUAAAUCAGACUCAACCACUGCCAAGAUCAUAUAGUAUGCUAGAUACUACUGCAUCAGAUGUAAGUGAUGCAAUGACUGUUGUGGAAGCUAGUUUACAGACAUUUCCUGAGGAUUUUGCAGCAACCACAGCAGCUGACCUAGUUUCUAUUUUGACAACGGAUUCAGAAUCCUAUAGCGAAAGAAUUGAAGAUGAUUCAGCAUUCUUAAUUCAACCUGAAGAUGGAAAUCAACAGCAACUCCAUUUGCAACGUGAACUUCUAGAACUUGAGAAGCUCAAACAGCAAAGAUUAGCAGAAGAGCUGGAAUGGGAACGUCAGGAGAUUCAGAGGUUUAGAGAGCAGGAAACUUUCAUGGUCCAAAAGAAACUGGAAGAAUUGCAAUCAAUGAAACAGCACCUUCUCUUUCAACAAGAGGAAGAGAGGCAAGCUCAGUUUAUGAUGAGGCAGGAAACUAUGGCUCACCAACAGCUACAUCUCGAGCAAAUUCAGCAGCUUCAACAUCAACUGCAUCAACAGUUGGAGGAGCAAAAAUUACAACAGAUGUAUCAAUAUAAUUAUGACCUUACUGAAACAGUGACUCCUCAAACAACCUCUGACCAGGUUAUAAUGGAGGCACAAUAUUCUACAGCUGAAGAUGGACAGUUCUGGACUAGUGAACAGUCUGCAGCAACAGCAGUAACAGGCAUUGGAAUUCCACCAAGUGAAACAUGGUAUGCAAUCCAGUCAGAUGGGGUUACCCAAUAUAUCUCUAAACCUGGUGUUCUAAAUUCUGUCUCAGAAAUUUCUCUCAAAGAUAUUGAUAACAAUGAGGAACGACAACUAAAAAAAAGAACUUCAAUGCCCAGACUGAGUGGCAUGUAUGAGGAUAUAGAUGUAAAUGGGCAAGAAGAGCCUCGGUCAUAUAAAUUAAUAGUUGAUAGUGGAGUACAAACUGAUGAUGAGGAUGCAGCUGAAAAAGAAUAUACAGGGAGGAGAAGGAGAUCAAGAAAAGGUGUGGAUACAAGUGUUCAAACUGAUGAUGAGGAUCAAGAAGAAUGGGAAAUUACUACAAGAUCUCGAAGAAGGUCACGUACAGGAAAAUAUAGUGAGGCUAAUACAGAUGUGGACAAAGUUAGGCAUUUUUCAAAAGUAUCCAGCAUAGCUAUUCAAACUGUUGCGGAAACGUCAGUACAAACUGAACCACUGGGAACAAUAAGAACUCCUUCUGCCAGAGCAAAUGUUGAUGCAAAAGUUGAAAUAAUUAAGCAUAUUUCAGCUCCAGAGAAAAACUAUAAAGGAGAAAGUUUAGGAUGUCAGACAGAAACAGUUUCAGAUGUACAAAGUCCACAGUAUCUAAGUGAUAUAUCUCAUAAAGAUAAAAGGCGUCCAACACCUUUAGAAAUUGGAUACUCUUCACAUCUUCGUGCAGACUCAUCACUUCAGGUUGCACCUUCCCCUCCCAAAUCUCCCAAGGUUCUUUAUUCACCUGUUUCCCCUGUGUCGCCUGGUAAAGUCUUAGAAUCAGCUUUUGUUUCUUAUGAGAAUACACUAGUGGAUGAUAUCUCUCAUAAGCAGCUAAUUGAAGUUGUCCAGGUUCCAUCACCAAGUCCAAAAUCAGCUAAAGUUAUGCAGCGCUCCAUGUCAGAUCCAAAACCUCUAAGUCCAACUGCAGAAGACAUUGCAAGGACACAAUUCCAGUAUGCAGAUGGAUAUGUGACUAAAACUGUUCAAAGUGGUACCCAAAAGAAGGUAAAGAGAACUUUGCCUAAUCCUCCACUUGAGGAAGCAAAUGGCAUUCAGUCACCAUAUAGCACAGUAGGAUCAGUUUCUCGAAGAAGAAUUUGUAGAACCACAACAAUGGCUAGAGCUAAGAUUCUCCAGGAUAUAGACAGGGAAUUGGAUCUUGUAGAAAGGGAAUCAUCAAAGCUACGGAAAAAGCAGGCAGAACUGGAUGAGGAAGAAAAAGAAAUUGAUGCCAAACUGAGAUAUUUGGAGAUGGGAAUCAACAGAAGAAAAGAAGCCUUACUGAAGGAACGCGAAAAAAGGGAAAGGGCUUAUCUGCAGGGUGUUGCUGAAGAACGGGAUUAUAUGUCUGACAGUGAAGUUAGUAACACAAGACCAACUAGAAUAGAAAAUCAUAUUACCUUAGAAAGACCACAAACUGCUCCUCAAACAGAGUUUAGUCAGUAUUUGCCACCACAAACUCAAUCUGAGACCCAAUUUGCUCCCCCAACCAGUCCUUAUACACAGUUCCAGUAUCAAAACCCUUCUUUGCUUACCCAAGCUCCAACUCAGUAUACUCAGCAGUCUAUUUAUCAGCCACCUCUAUUCCAUCAACAGCCUUCAACAUAUCAGACUCAACCAACUUUCCAGGCUGUGCCUACAAUGUCAUUUACACCUCAAAUUCAAUCUACAUCAAGUCAGCAACCAUCUUAUCAACAUCCAUCACAACUGUUGCUGAUACCACAGAAUGCAAGACAAGCUGCUUUAGAUCUGGACUCUAAAAUUACAACACACUAUGAUGUUAUAAGAAAUCAACCUCUUAUAAUUGCACCUGUGUCUUCUGAUAGCAGCUACUCUGUUUCUCAUCUUGAUAGCAAAUACAGCACCUUGGACUUGCGGUUAGGUCUAGAUGAAAAAAGCAGCAUGGCAAGUAGUCCAAUGUCUAGUAUAUCUGCAGAUUCUUUUUAUGCUGAUUUAGAACAUCAUGCUUCUAGAAAUUAUGUUCUUAUUGAUGAUAUUGGUGAACUCACAAAAGGGUCUCUAAAUUCUGCAUUUGCACUUCAUGAAAAAGAGCUAUCUAAAACGGAUCGUCUACUUCGAACUGUAGAUUCACGAAGAACUGAAGUUACAGAUUUCUUAGCACCUAUGUCAAGCUCUUCAAGGUUGCAUACAUAUGGAAAAACAGAUGAGGAUUCUAUGGAGGAUACUUAUGAGUUGAAGCUUCUGAAACAUCAAAUAAAACAGGAAUUCCGUAGGGGUACAGAAAACUUAGAUCCUCUUACUGGGUUUGCACCUUAUUACCAUUCAGAUAGUCUUUACAGACAUUUUCCUAAGACAGAAAAAUAUAGUAUUAGCAGACUUACACUUGAAAAGCAAGCUGCUAAACAACUCCCACCUGCUAUUCUUUAUCAAAAACAGUCAAAGCAUAAGAAAACACUAAUAGAUCCUAAAACAUCCAAAUUUUCCCCAAUUCAGGAAAGUAGAGAUUUAGAACCUGACUAUUCAACAUAUCUGUCUUCUAGUACUUCCUCUAUUCCAAGUUUGUCUUCUAAGGUUAGAAUGCUUCAGGAUGAUAUCACAUAUGGUUUGAGGAAAAACAUUACAGACCAACAGAAAUUCUUGGGUCCUGCACUAGCGCAAAACUUUGGGACAACUCUGAGUCCAAAUAUGAGAACUUCAUUACAGGAUGAAGCUGAUAAGCCCUAUGUAAGUGGUAAUAGAUCUAGGCCUUCGUCAAGGCCCUCCUCAGUUUAUGGCCUUGAUUUAUCAAUAAAAAGGGACUUAUCAAGCUCUUCUUUGAGACUGAAGGCUAAUGAGGGAGAAACUUUAGAUGGAUCUUUUAGUCAUGUAGCACCAUCUGGUAGAACAAAACCAUCAAGUCUUCCUAUUAGUCAAAGUAGAGGCAGAAUACCAAUUGUUGCACAAAAUUCAGAAGAAGAAAGUCCAUUGAGUCCAGUUGGCCAACCAAUGGGAAUGGCGAGAGCUUCAGCUGGUCCAUUGCCACCAAUAUCUGCAGAUACCAGGGACCAAUUUGGCUCAAGCCAUUCCCUGCCUGAGGUACAGCAACAUAUGAGAGAAGAAUCACGAACUCGUGGCUAUGAUCGAGAUAUAGCAUUCAUCAUGGAUGACUUUCAGCAUGCCAUGUCAGACAGUGAAGACAACUCCUUUAAAAAUGCAUACCAUCUGCGUCAUGAAGAAACAGAUUGGUUUGACAAGCCACGAGAAUCACGUUUAGAAAAUGGGCAUGGAAUUGACAGAAGGCUACCAGACAAAUUAUCUCAUACGAGAGCCUCACAUCAACAAGAUAAUAUGAAUGGUAAACCUAUACAUUAUGCAUUUCCACACUCAAGAAUUAAACUGCAGAUAGAUCCAAAGGACCACACAGUUUCAGGUAAUGGUUUCGGGAUACGGGUUGUUGGUGGAAAAGAAAUUCCUGGAAAUCCUGGAGGGACUGGUGCUUACAUUGCAAAGAUUUUACCUGGAGGAGAUGCUGAGCAUACAGGCCGACUUACUGAAGGAAUGCAAGUUUUAGAAUGGAAUGGCUAUUCACUGACCGGAAAGACAUAUGAAGAGGUUCAAAGUAUCAUUAGUCAGUCCAGUGGUGAGGCUGAAUUAUGUGUAAGACUGGAUUUUAAUAUGCUAUCAAAUUGUGAAACACCCCAAAACCUGGAGCUGCACAACACAGGAAAGGCAUUAGAGAAAACCAGAUCUCCCGGAGUGGAUCCCAAACAGCUGGCUGCAGAACUUCAGAAGGUUUCGCAGCAACAGACACCAUCUUUUGUAUCAUCUGCAAUGGAGAAGGGAUCUUACAUCCAUUCAGGAACAACCUCGGCAGCCUCAAGUGCAGUCCCUAGUCCUGGUCAACCAGGUUCUCCAUCAGUAAGCAAGAAAAGACACAGCAGCAAGUCUACAGAAGCUAUAAAGACUCAUUCCCAUCCAAUUACUGGAGAACUUCAGCUUCAAGUUAAUUAUGACAAGCAUCUGGGUAAUCUAAUCAUUCACAUACUUCAAGCAAGAAACCUAGCUCCCAGAGACAAUAAUGGUUAUUCAGACCCAUUUGUUAAAGUGUAUCUGCUUCCUGGAAGAGGCCAAGUCAUGGUUGUCCAGAAUGCCAGUGCUGAGUACAAAAGAAGAACAAAAUAUGUGCAGAAAAGCUUGAAUCCGGAGUGGAAUCAGACCGUGAUUUAUAAAAAUAUUUCCAUGGAGCAGCUUAAGAAGAAAACAUUAGAAGUUACUGUAUGGGACUAUGACAGAUUCUCUUCCAAUGAUUUCCUUGGUGAGGUAUUAAUAGAUUUAUCGAACGCCUCAAAUCUGGACAAUAUGCCACGCUGGUACUUUUUAAAGGAACAGAAUGAAAGCAUUGAUCAUGCAAAACCUAAUUCUGGUCAAAGCAGUCAGCAAGCACCCAAGCCAUCAGUCAUUAAAAGCAGAAGUCAUGGAAUUUUCCCAGAUCCAUCUAAAGAUAUGCAGAUCCCCACCAUAGAAAAAUCUCAUAGCAGUCCUGGUAGCUCCAAGUCUUCUUCUGAAGGACAUCUACGCUCUCAUGGACCAUCACGUAGCCAAAGUAAAACAAGUGUCACUCAGACUCAUCUUGAAGACGCUGGAGUAGCCAUCGCUGCUGCUGAAGCGGCUGUCCAACAGCUUCGUCUUCAACCAACCAAUGACAACAAAGACCAAAGCCAGCAUGCUCUCAAGAAGGUGGUGUCUGAUGGAUCCGUCAAGCCUGAAGCAAAAUCUACAAGUCACAGGCCUUCUGAGUCCUCGGUCUCUACAACUUCAUCAGUCAGCAGUUUUGGUAGCGGGUACGGUGUGGAGAGUGAUGGAAGCAGGACAACAGGAGAUAGCAAUCAGUUUCCAGUUCCAAGAAUAGGAAAUAUUAACCAAAAUGGACAGGAUUUGGUAGCUCAAGCAGCAAUGGGCCUCGCUGAUGCAGAAGGCAAAACACAAGUGAUGGGAGAAAUAAAAAUUGCGCUGAAGAAAGAAAUGAAGACUGACGGAGAGCAGUUAAUAGUGGAGAUUCUACAAUGCCGGAACAUUACAUAUAAAUUUAAGUCCCCGGAUCAUCUACCGGAUCUCUAUGUGAAACUCUAUGUAAUUAAUAUAGCUACACAAAAAAGAAUAAUAAAGAAAAAAACACGUGUUUGCAGACAUGAUCGUGAACCUUCAUUCAAUGAAACAUUCCGUUUUAGCAUGAGUCCUGCAGGACACUCUCUUCAGAUUUUACUUGUGUCGAAUGGAGGAAAAUUUAUGAAAAAAACACUGAUCGGGGAAGCCUAUAUCUGGCUUGACAAGGUGGAUCUGAGAAAGAGGAUAGUUAAUUGGCACAAACUCUUAGUUAGCUCUGCUCCAGCACAUUGAAAACAAUGGUUUAAGGGAACAUGGAGGUUUUAGCUGAAUUAGGCUGAUUUUGAAACAAAAAAGGGACAUUGUUCGGGUUUCAUAGAUCAAGCCAUUUUAACAUGGUUUUCAAUGAAAGAUAUAAGCAAUCAUUUGAAAACAAUGCAAGAAUGAGUCUCAUGCAGGUGCUGCAAUCUAAAACAGGAGGGUUCAGAAUAAAUGUGCUCUAAAAUGUAGCUGUACAGGUAUGUGGGCUUUAUAUAAAAAGCACUAUAAGAAAUACAGAAAACCUUUAAGCAAAAAUCACAAAUACUAGCAAAAUAAAUAUCUUUUUUGCACCCUACAUGCUUCAAAUCAAAUCACAUCAAAUGAAAACAAAUGAAUACAAUAUGAAGUGUCAUUAUAAUCUGACAAGUAAUGUCUUGCGCAAUUCACGGGUAAAGGAAAUAUACAGUGCCUGUCUUCUCUUCUCGUAGGUGGUGAUCAAAUUCUGUUGUGUAAAAAAGUAAAUUAUUGUGUAUGGGAAGAAUGGAUAUUUUAACAGUUUAAUUUCAGAUUCAUUAAUACUAAGAAUAGAUAGCAAUCAAAUGAUUAUAGCACUGUAUCAUGGUUAAAAAUGAUUUUCAGUACAAUCUACUAUACAAUAUUGCGUUAUUUUACUAAUCAAGGUUUUUUUUGUUAAAUAGCAUUUUUUAAAUAAGUACAAAAUGUCUUACCAUCUUACAGAAAUGACGGGCACAAUGCGACUAGGGUAAAAGAAUAAAAGUUCUAGAUCUGCUCUUACUAACUCAGGUAAAGGAUGAAUAAUGAUUGUGAGGAGGAUGGAAUUUCUGGCAAAAAUGACUGCUAACAUAUCUCCUGAAGUCUUUUCUAGUGAAAGCAACAUGGAUGUUAGGGGAGAGAGCUGCUUUUAAUGUCAGAUCAGUUGUAUGUUUUUAUUUUUACCUUUGCUGCUAUUGCAAAGGCUAUGUGAACUUUAAAAAUGCUUUAAGAAAUAAGAUAUCCAAUUUUCUAGCAAGUAAUGUAAUUCUGCCAUGCUGUAAACUGUUAAGGCUGCAAAGCAUGCUUGUAGUUGCUAUGGAAAUUUCAUGUCAGAGGAAUAGCACAAAUUGGGGUACUUGCCGAUAAACCCAAAAUCAUCACUAAAUAAGAAGAGCUAAUGUUCGUUUGCUUAUCUUCACACUAGACAUUCCACUGAUAUUGUUGAAUUACUCUUGCUACUCAACACAUUAAAUGCAUUUUUUAUGUUAUAAAUUGUAUAUAUAAAGCAAAAAUGGAAUCCAGUCACAGGUACAACACUAAAGGCAUUCUUUAGAUGUUACAUUUUUUUUCUGCAUUCUCCACCUUUCAUACAGGUGCACCAAUGACUAUUGGUUAUAACAUGCUUCCGAAGUGUGCCAACUCUGUGUUAGACCAAAAUCUUAAGUUAUAAUGGAAGUAAUCUAUGCAACAUUGAUGUCUCAAUGCUUUUUUUCUGUCCAUGAAUAAGAGCAAAGAUUGUUGUAAUAUAAAAUCUUUUAUCUUGAAAAAAAAGUAGAAAAAAACUGAUAUCAGUAUUUUUAUUUUGCACAUAUAUCUGAACACAUGUAUAGUGUUUAUUGGUUUUGCUUCUCCUAGAAGUGAUUACAUUGAUCCGAAAGUUUGUUACCAACUAGUAAUUUAUGAAUAUUCAUUUUCUAUGUAUAUGGCCGAGAUAAAAUGAUUUCAGUAUUUUUAUUUAUAUGCAAAGCAAAAAAGAUUUUACUCUUUCUCUACCAUUCAGUUGAAUAAAUGGAUUAAUUAUUUAUGUAAUUUUAGAAGUAUAAGCACAGUGUAUUUCCACGCUAUUUGCAAAUUUUAUUGUACAAAACAGAAUCAUUUUAAUGUCUACAAUCUUUGCCUCGUUUGAACAAGUGUAAUCCUGGAUGUUGAAUACAAGACAGUGAGGGUAUAGUAUACGCUGCCCACUACUUGAAAAAGAAAUAUAAUAAAGCACAUGAAAUAACUUUAUGAGUAUUUAGCCUGGUGAGCUAAACAAUGUUUUAUCCUGGCUACAAAUAGAUAUAUGUAGCCAUAACACACUUACCCAUACACAACAACACUUACAAAGCUGGUGACAGUUAAAAGAUAAAAUAAAAAAAAUGUUUUGAAAAAUGUUUAUUUGUAAUUACAUGUUAAAAUGUAAUACAUUAUCACAGAGGGAUCAUGUAAUUCAGAGUCAGGUUCAUGUGAUAUUUAAAAUAUUUACCUAGUCAAACCACAGAAAGGGAAUAUUCUCACUUUAAAUGCUAAACAGUUCUACAGUGAAACAAAAGGGGAAAAAAUUAUUUAAUGAUAUAGAAUGCAAGGAGUCAUUUUCUUGUCAUUAUACACAAGAAAGCAAGUUCCUUUAUUUUAUUACCUUGUAAAUAAACAUACACAUUUUUGUAUUAGAUAAUUACAGGUGAGAGAUGACAAAUUCAUGAGACAUUCAGCAUGCAAAUGUGAGCAUUCAACUCAGUUGUUCCUGUUUAAUUGUAUGGUGGCGUGGUACAUGGUAAAGCAGCAAUGGCUGAAUAGUGAGUUUGUUGAUAUCCACUAAAAAACUGCACAACAAGCCUGAUGUUUAACAGAUAUUAAAAAACUGUAAAAUAGAUAAAGUAACUACUGUAUCUGUCCUUAGAGAAUUUAAUUGUCAUACCAACAGAUGUUGCAUGCUUUGAUGGAGGUCUGUUAUUAUUUGUGUAUUUCUUUUAUAACUCUUUUUUUUUUUUUGGCUUCCAGAUCUAAAAAUUAUUAAAUGGUAUGAAUUGUAUAGUAAUCUGCCUGUAAAUCAUUUGUUUAAUUUUAUGUAAAAAAAACAUUUUUUUUGUGGUUAUAUACAGGAUGUUACAUGAGAAUUUAUGCAAAUAGUGAUGUACAAAGGUUGUAACUCAGUCUAAUAAAUAUUUAUAACAUCCCA